AUGGUCCUCUACGCCGAUGCUGCCCCGGGUCUGGCGGGCAGCACCAUCAUGUUGACGAUAUUGGCAUUUAUAACCUACGGCUUGCGGGUUUACUGCAGAGUGUCUCGCAGAUCAUGGGGUACUGAAGACUGGAUCAUGACUGUAGCAUUGAUACCAUUUGCCGUGCUUGUGGCGGGGUGCGCUGGUGGCGCAUUUAAUGGAAUUGGUGCGCGUAACUCGACACUCGCAAAGGCCGGUAAUGAAAAGUACAUGGCAGACGGGAAGAAGUUCUUUCUUAUCUUCGAAGUCGGAUACUGUUCUGCUAUCAUUCCCAUUAAACUCAGCAUCAGUUGGAUGUUGAUUCGAGUGGCACAAGGGCGCAAGCUAUACGUCUACAUACAAUAUGCCGUUAUUGCUACAUUCGUUUCUAUGAACAUUAUCGCUUUGAUCUUCAUUCUGACCAAUUGCAUACCCGUGGAAGCUGCUUGGAGCGAUGAAGCUCUUAGCAAUGGAGGUCAUUGCAAGGCAAGCUAUGUACUUGCUGAUGUUUACUACGCGUGUACCGCUGUCAAUAUCGUUACAGACUGGAUAACUGCUUUCCUACCAGUUCCUCUACUUUGGAACGUGCAGAUCAAUCGCAAUACCAAGAUCUCAAUCGUUGGCUUGAUGGGUCUCGGUAUCUUUGCAUCGCUGUCGGCAUGCGUACGACUCAAGUAUACUGUCGCAUUGACUAACCAGACCGACUUCCUCUACAGCGUUGCGGAUGUCGUCAUCUGGGGAUUCGCAGAAAACAGCAUCGGCAUGAUCGUGGGGAAUGUGGCAACUCUCCGCCCGCUAUUCCGAAUUCUCCGUGAUGGCAAAACCUCAGACUACAAGAAUUACAACCAAUCACCUGGAUUCAAUAGUUCCCUUCGCACUGGCGGACCCAUGCACUCACGAAAUUACGAGCUCGGCGAGAACGUCAAGGGCCUCAACCACAUGACGAUGACCUCAGAAAUAGAUCACAACCCACGGGGUAGCCUGAGCGAUGGGGACAGCCAGAAGGAAAUUCUCGACAAUGGUCAACGGCCCGGCCAAGCCGACAUCGUCGUCAGUCGCCAAGUUGUCGUGGCAUAUGACUGA